AUGGAUCCAAACUCCGGCUUGCUUGCUCAUCCGUCCCAGGCCUGCUCGCACCGGGCCGAACCAUGUAUGGAAGAUGGAAGGAGCCCGGUCCCUGGGGAGCAGGGCAGACACUCUCCCUUUCCCUGGACCCAGGCCCCCAGCUCCAGCCUGGCCGACCCUGACUGGUUUUGGGAUGAGCACGUCCAGGCAAAGAGGGCCAGAGUAGAGACCAUUGUCCGAGGCAUGUGCCUCUCCCCUAACCCUCUGGUGCCAGGCAGUGCCCCAGCCAGGGACAGCCCCUGCUGCCCAGAGAAGGCCCGGGAGCGGAAGAGGAAGCAGAGCCUUCCUGCGCAGCAAGGCCCCCUGAGGCCAGGCCCUGCCGGGGACCGGGGCAGCAGGAAGGGGGGCCCUCGGGUGAGAGAACAGCUUCACCUGCUGAAGCAACAGCUAAGACACCUGCAAGAGCACCUCCUUCAGGCUGCUGAGCCCAGGAGGGCCCAGGAGGGCCCAGGAGGCUGUGACACGGGGACGGGCCCUCUGAGGGUAAAGCAGAUGAAUGGCUAUGGGUCUCAGCCCUGGGCUAUGGACAGUGACCACCUCCAGGGUUCCAGCGGGGCCCUCUCCAGGGUGGAAAAACAGAGCGUGUCUGAGGAAGCCAGGUUCCUUCCUUCUGGAGCACGGCCUUUGCUGGUGAUUCUGAAGAAAGAAUUGAUGGGGGCAAUAUCCCAGGCUGUAGACUCAGUAUUACAAAAGCUGCUACUGGAUCCACCAGGGCCCCUGACUCAGCUGAGCAGACGCUUCCAGGGGCUGGUGCCAGAUGAGCCGUCAUCUCCCGAGGCAGGUGCCUGGAAAGACCAACUUUCUCCGGCUGCCUUGCCCAGGAGGGCCCAGCCACAGGCGGGGGGGCCACUGGGAAACUUGCCUCUGGCCAAGGCUCUAGAUUCUCCCAGGUUCCCCGUCUCUCCAAGAAUGCUCCCCAAACCCUAUCCGGGUCCCCCAGCAAACUGUCCCUUGACUGUGCCUGCCCACGUCCAGGAAGAUCAGACUGUCAGCCAGCUCCUGGGCCAGGGACCCGGUGGCCACUGGAGCAGCAGUCUUCCCCAGGACUCGUCUCCCCAGAGUCACCCCUCGUCGGAGGCGGCCCUGCGACCUUGGGGAGCUGCCACAUUGCGACCGCUGGCUCUGAGCCGGCAGCAGUGCCCCUGGCCCUUCAUGGCCUCCUGUCUGGAAAGACUUCCCAUCAUUCCCUCGGUGAAAAUGGAGCAGGGGGCCCCGCAGGCUGCCAUGGACGCCCUUCCUUUCUCUUCAGCCCACCUCCAGGAAGGCCUCAAUCCUGGUCACUUGAAGAAGGCCAAACUCAUGUUUUUCUUCACCCGCUAUCCCAGCUCCAACCUCCUGAAGGCUUAUUUCCCUGAUGUUCAGUUCAACCGCUGCAUUACUUCCCAGAUGAUCAAGUGGUUCAGCAACUUCCGUGAGUUUUAUUAUAUCCAAAUGGAGAAAUUUGCCCGGCAAGCAAUUUCAGAGGGUGUCACCAAUCCCAAAAUGCUGGUGGUUCUCCGCGACUCCGAACUUUUUCGAGCUCUCAACAUGCACUACAACAAGGGAAAUGACUUUGAGGUCCCAGAUUGCUUCUUGGAAAUUGCCAGCCUGACGUUACAGGAGUUCUUCAGGGCUGUCUCUGCAGGCAAAGACUCAGAUCCUUCCUGGAAGAAACCCAUUUAUAAAAUUAUUUCGAAACUGGACAGUGACAUCCCAGAGAUAUUCAAAUCUUCCAGCUAUGCCCAGGAGCUGUUUCGGAAUUAAGAUCCCACAGAGUGAGGAGUGACUGGACUGAG